AUGAGCUCUUCGUCGCUGUCUACCAUCAAUGAACUGCUCGCCGGAAGCGUUGGAGGCGCUGCCCAGGUCGUCGUCGGCCAGCCCCUUGACACUGUCAAAACGCGUGCACAAAUAGCACCCAGAGGGAUGUUCAAAGGGCCUAUGGAUAUUCUCGUACAGACUGUACGGAAAGAGGGAUUUUUUGCGCUAUACAAAGGUAUGGCUAGCCCUCUCUUCGGUAUCGCUGGGGUCAAUUCGCUGCUGUUUGCCUCGUAUGGUAUAUCACGGCGAAUAAUCUCACCUUACCCUCAAUUGAGCCUACCUCAAAUCGCAUUGGCAGGGAGUAUGGCCGGAGCUGCUAAUGCCAUACUAGCGAGCCCAGUAGAGAUGUUUAAGGUACUGAUGCAGGGCCAGUAUGGAAGUGCAACAGACAAGCGUUUAAGAAGAGUAGUGAGUGACCAGUGGUCACAAUGGGGGUUCAGGAAGGGUAUCAUGCGUGGCUACUGGGUAACCGUGGCUCGAGAGAUACCAGCAUAUGCUGGAUUCUACACUGCCUACGAAUUUUCGAAGCGGAAAUUUGCCUCUGCCUAUGGUAAAGAUUUACCCGUAUGGGCAUUGCUGGCCAGCGGCUCAACCGGAGGCAUCUCUUAUUGGCUGGCUUGUUAUCCACUCGAUGUCAUCAAAUCCCGUGUACAGCUGAGGCCUACGCCACCCUCAGGUACGCCGGUGCAGUAUAUUGCUCAUGAAACCAGAGCUAUAAUGGCGGAGUCUGGCCUCCCUGGUUUAUUCCGUGGACUUACGCCCUCCAGUAAGACUUUGUCCGCAUUGACGUUUUGGCCAUCUUCUGAUAUUGCUUGUAUGUCAGUACUGAGAAGUAUUCCGGCGGCAGCGGCUACCUUUGCUGCGUUUGAAUUGACAAGAGAAUAUCUAGCUGAAUUGACAGGUGUUUGAGGAAAGAUCAAAGUUAAAGAUAGUUGUGCUUGUUUAGUAAUAAAUGUUGAAAACACGUUCGUAUAUUGUGCCAGC